CUCAGUACAGCGCGCCGAUCGCGAAUAUUAUCAGCUCCAUCUGCUGUCGCUUGCCUUUACCACAAAGACGGAAAGCUCUGAGCUGCUGCUGGCGCUUUGCUUGCCAUUUUGACUGACGCCUCGCCUGGGAUUUCAUAAACAGUUUUGACUUCUGCUUGACCGCGUCUGGAGCGACGAGGACGCUAUGUCGAAGCGCAGGAUUGAAGUCGUAGAUCCUUAUGUCAAACGGAAAGCCACGGACAGCUCUGUAUCCAACAAUGCAACAACCACAGGGUCUACAGCGACAAAAAAUCAGGUGCAGUUCAAUCCAUAUACCAUGCUGCCGUAUACACCGAAAUACUAUGAACUUUAUAAGAAAAGGAUAACUCUCCCUGUAUUCGAAUAUCGAACUGACUUCAUGAGAUUGUUAUCUCAACAUCAAUGCAUUGUUCUUGUUGGAGAAACAGGUUCUGGUAAAACUACGCAAAUACCACAAUGGUGUGUGGAGUAUUCAAGAAGUAUUGGAACUAAAGGAGUCGCAUGCACACAACCUAGAAGAGUAGCAGCUAUGAGUGUAGCUCAAAGAGUUUCGGAAGAAAUGGAUGUUGCCUUAGGUCAAGAAGUAGGAUACAGUAUUCGUUUUGAAGAUUGUAGUUCGCCGAGGACAGUGUUGAAGUACAUGACCGAUGGUAUGUUGCUUCGAGAAGGCAUGUCUGAUCCCAUGCUGGAUGCCUAUCAAGUGAUAUUGCUAGAUGAAGCUCAUGAAAGAACGUUAGCUACCGAUUUGCUGAUGGGUGUUUUGAAAGAAGUGAUCAAACAGAGACCAGACUUGAAACUUGUGAUUAUGAGUGCUACCUUGGACGCUGGAAAGUUUCAGCAGUAUUUUGACAAUGCACCGCUUAUGAAUGUACCUGGUAGAACACAUCCAGUCGAGAUAUUUUAUACACCGGAGCCAGAAAGGGAUUAUCUAGAAGCGGCGAUUAGAACUGUCAUUCAAAUUCAGAUGUGUGAAGAAAUUCCCGGGGAUCUUUUGCUGUUUUUGACUGGUCAAGAGGAAAUUGAAGAAGCUUGCAAGAGAAUUAAAAGAGAGAUGGACAACUUGGGACCUGAAGUUGGUGAAUUAAAGUGCAUACCGCUAUAUUCGACACUGCCGCCGAAUCUUCAACAGAGAAUAUUUGAACCUGCUCCGCCUACUAAACUUAACGGUGCUAUUGGUCGUAAAGUUGUCGUGUCAACUAAUAUUGCAGAGACAUCGUUGACUAUCGAUGGUGUUGUCUUUGUCAUAGAUCCUGGUUUUGCUAAGCAAAAAGUAUACAAUCCAAGAAUUCGUGUCGAAUCGCUUUUAGUAUCGCCUAUUAGUAAGGCUUCGGCACAGCAGAGAGCCGGUCGCGCUGGCAGAACAAGACCUGGAAAAUGUUUCCGAUUGUACACGGAAAAAGCAUACAAAAACGAAAUGCAAGACAACACGUAUCCUGAGAUUUUGCGGUCCAAUCUUGGAAGCGUAGUACUGCAAUUGAAAAAACUUGGUAUUGACGAUCUGGUACAUUUUGACUUUAUGGAUCCACCUGCGCCUGAAACUUUAAUGAGAGCUUUGGAACUUCUGAAUUAUCUGGCUGCUCUUGAUGAUGAUGGAAAUCUAACAGAUCUUGGUGCAGUUAUGGCGGAAUUUCCAUUAGAUCCUCAAUUGGCAAAAAUGCUUAUAGCCUCCUGCAAUCAUAAUUGUAGCAAUGAGAUACUCAGCAUUACAGCUAUGCUCUCAGUCCCACAGUGCUUUGUGAGACCGAACGAAUCAAAGAAAGCCGCGGAUGAUGCAAAAAUGAAAUUUGCACAUAUUGAUGGUGAUCAUUUGACACUACUUAAUGUAUAUCAUUCUUUUAAACAACAUAUGGACGACGUUCAAUGGUGUUAUGAUAAUUAUGUGAAUUAUCGAUCGUUAAAGAGCGGAGACAAUGUAAGACAGCAGCUAAGUAGAAUAAUGGAUAGAUUUGUAUUAAAGCGAACUUCGACGGAUUUCAAUUCAAAAGACUAUUAUAUUAAUAUCAGGAAAGCUCUUGUCAAUGGCUUUUUUAUGCAGGUGGCGCAUUUAGAGAGAACGGGACAUUAUCUGACUAUUAAGGAUAACCAAGUAGUGCAACUUCAUCCCAGCAGUUGCUUGGAUCAUAAACCAGAGUGGGUUAUUUAUAAUGAAUUUGUGCUCACUACUAAAAAUUAUAUCAGAACAGUCACUGAUAUUAAACCUGAUUGGCUGCUGAUGAUAGCACCGCAAUAUUAUGAUCUACAAAAUUUCCCUCAGUGUGAAGCAAAAAGACAACUCGAACUUACUCAGGCGAAAUUAGAUUCAAAACAGUAUCAAGAAGGCUUCUAACCUCUAUAUACUUUAGAUGUGUUUGGAAAUCGCAAGAAGCUGUCAAGCAUGCUCAGUCAAAAUUUGCUUUUAUCAUGGCGAUAUAAUUUUCUCACCUAUACGGAAUCACAUCACAUCACAUAUGAAACAUCAUGGGACACGUUAUGAAGAAUUCACUUUCUGUCCUUCACUUAAAAGGCACAGAAGUAUAUUGAAAUAUUUAGAUUUUUUUUGUAUAAGCUCAAUGCUAGCUUGUACGAUGUAAAAAUUGAACAUUGGAAUAUUUUCAAUAUUUAAGUCAAAAGAAAAAAAAUGAAGUGGACAAUUUAUUAACCUGAGACACAGCAAAAGCGUAGUUAAUCGAUAAGAAGGGUUAUUUAUGUACAUUUAAGAAAAAGAUUAGUGUCUAAGUAAUUUUAACGGUAGAAUUCAUUAAUCGACGUUUACACUCGAAUGCAUUCGGAAUUAGAUAUAAUAGAUUAAUUUUUGUAUUAAAUGUUGACCAUAUAUAAUGCGAAGAAGGAAUAAUAUAAAAUGGCCACUACAUAUUAUAUAUAGUAUAUAUAUAUAUAGUAAAAAAAUAGUUAUCUCGCAUUUGCCUAAAGAUUAUUUUGAAAGGAUAUGUUUCUGUCAUUGAUAGCAUGUCGUCUUUUUACUAUGGUAACUCAAACAUUUAGAAAUUUCGUACUUUUUAAUUUUUCCAAAUUUAGAAUAUGUUGCAACGUAUGUAUGGCGACAUUUUUACAUUUUCACAAUACAGUGAAAAAGUAAUUACAUGCUUAUAACAAUACACAUAGUUAAUUUCUGACUAAAAAGAUAGCAAAAAAACAAAAUUAAAGAGAAAUAUUUCUAGACUUACAUCUGAAAAAAUCAAAUUAAUGAAACAAAUAUAUAUUAAUGUGAUAAGAGCUCUAAGCACACAUACACAUCUACACGCAACACGGUGGCCAAUUUAUGAGAAAACAUUCAGUGUAAUAAAGUAUCUUUAUUAGCACCUGAAAGAAAAACUGAAUUUGAGUAUCCUAUAUGUUUAUUGUUUAUUAUUGACAUUCUACACAUAUUAACAAUAAAUGUACGGAUUUUUUAAAACGAAA